GAUAAUGGAUAAGAAGCAAAUAGCCAUCAUCGGUGCCGGAGUCAGUGGCCUUCUCGCCUGUAAAUACUGUCUCUCAACCGGUUUCAAUCCCAUAGUCUUGGAUGCAGAAUCCGAUAUUGGUGGUCAAUGGGCUAAAACCAUCAAAACCACCAGGCUUCAGACGCCCAAAUCUUUGUAUCAGUUUUCCGACUUCCCAUGGCCGUCCUCCGUCACCGACGAUUUCCCUACUCAUCAACAGAUCCUAGACUACCUCCGCUCCUACGCCACCCACUUUCAGCUCAUACCCCACAUCAAACUCAAUUCCCGAGUCAAAGGAAUCAGCUACGACGGACCAUCAUCGGAGACAUGGUCCCUGUGGAACGGCACCGGCGAACCCUUUCCACCGGAAGGCAAAUGGAAUAUCACGGUGGAAGACACUCGAACCGCCACAACUCAGGUUUACAUCGUGGAUUUUGUGAUUCUUUGUUUGGGAAGAUUCAAAGAUCUUCCAAACAUUCCAGAAUUCCCCGCCGGAAAAGGCCCGGAAGUUUUCCGAGGCCAGGUGAUACACUCGAUGGAAUACGCUGCCAUGGAUGACGAUGCAGCUGCAGAAUUCGUGAAAGGCAAGAAGGUCGUGGUGGUGGGAUUUGGGAAAACAGGACUCGACAUUGCAAGGGAAUGCUCGUCAAUCAACGGCGCAGAACAUCCGUGUAGCGUAGUUUACCGGCGUGAUCAUUGGAAGCUCCCGAACUGGUCUCCAUGGGGAAUCCCGUUACCGUAUCUCUACCAAAAUCGCUUCUCGGAGCUUCAGGUUCAUAAGCCCGGGGAGGGUUUUCUGCUUAGUCUACUUGCCACUUUACUUUCACCUCUACGUUGGGGAACAUCGAAAUUUGUCGAAAGCUACAUAAAAAAGAAGCUUCCGCUCGCCAAGUACGACAUGAUACCAGAAAUGAGCUUCUCGAAAGACGCUCGCUCGUGUUUGGUUUGUUAUAUGCCAGAUCCAGAGGACUUUGUUAAUGCAGUCGAUAAAGGAAGCAUCAACUUGAAGAAAGCUCCAAGCGUUUGCUUCUACGACAACGGUAUUUUGAUUGAAGCGGACGACACGCGGAUAGAAGCGGAAAUUGUUAUAUUCGCUACUGGAUUCAAAGGUGUAGAAAAGCUCAAAAACAUCUUUGAAUCACCAGCAUUUGGUCACCUCAUCACGAGUUCACCACGAGUCCCUUUGUACAGGGAAUGCAUCCAUCCACGGAUACCACAACUAGCGAUAAUUGGAUUUUCUGAAAGUUUUUCGAACCUUCACACGUCAGAAAUGAGGUGUAGGUGGGUGACAUCACUUCUCGAAGGUGCGUUCAAGCUACCGAGCAUUAACGAGAUGCAGAAAGAUAUAUCGAGAUGGGACGAAUACAUGAAGCAAUCAAGCGGGGAGUACCAUCAUCGAUCGUCAAUUGCUGUUUUAGAAAUAUGGUACAAUGAUCAAUUGUGCAAAGACAUGGGCAUGAAUCGUUUGAGAAAGAAGGGACUCUUGGCUAACCUUUUUGAGCCUUAUGGUCCCAUGGACUAUGCCAAAUAGAUGAGCCAGCGAGCCAUUCCCAUGGACCAUGGUCCAUCCAUUUUCUUAAACUACUCUUAUCCAUAUCAAUUGGUUACGGUCUAAUCAAAUGUUACAUUUGAUCCCGUUACAAUAAACUAUUA